CUGCUCCCUUCCCAAAAGAAAACAAAGCUUAACCCCUCCAUCUCUGAUCCCUCUCCUUCUCUUCCUCUCCAUCGAUUGCAGACCGGGGAAGAAGAAAGUCCAAAACCCAUCAUCAAGAUAUUGACUAAUCUUUUCCAUCUACCCCGUGUAAAAACACUGCUCUCUUCCUUGCCAUCUUUUACUACUUUCUUCUGGGUAAGCUUCCAAGUAUCUUCUCUCCCCCCCCUUCUCUCUUGGUUUACCCUACUAGAUUUUUCUUUUCCCAUUGAAGAAGAGAGAUCAAAGAUGCCAAGGCCAGGCCCUAGACCUUACGAGUGUGUAAGAAGAACUUGGCAUAGCGAGAGACACCAACCCAUGAGAGGUUCCAUCAUUCAACAGAUUUUUAGGCUAGCUAUGGAAACUCAUAGCACGGCUACUAAGAAGAAGAGGGAAUGGCAAGAUAAAAUAAUAAUUGUCAUCGUCAAAGCUGAGGAGAUUUUGUAUUCCAAAGCCAAUUCUGAGGCUGAAUACACGAACCCCGAAACCCUAUGGGACCGUGUUAAUGAUGCCGUCAACUCGAUUAUCCGUCGAGAUGAGAGCACUGAAACAGGAGAGCUUUUGCCACCUUGUGUUGAAGCUGCCCUUAAUCUGGGGUGCUAUCCGGUGAGAGCUUCAAGGAGCCAACGACACUGUAAUCCUAGGUCUUAUCUUACUCCAAGAGCACCCGAACCUGUCUCUGCAGUGCCUAGGAUUUUGGAUAAAGGCAGUGAGGAAUGUUGUCCUCAGAUAUCGCCGGUUCAGCCAGGCAGUCAAUUUGCUAGAAUAGCAACCAAAGUGAAUUCCAAUGUUUCAGUCUCGCAAACUAACAUUCAUGGUUAUCCAUUUCUGUCUGAAAAUGGUCCAUCUGGCCGUGACCAACUGAUGAGGAAAGAAACCAACACCCCACCGAACUUGGGUCAAGCUUACCCCCUGUACUAUGGAGUUCACUGUCAAAAUGUAGAGCUCCAGACAGGUUCCCCUGUUCAGGAAAAGAUAGUGUCUGAUAUGAUAAUUGUUGGGAGACCUAUUGGUACAUCUGUUUUAGAGCCAGCUGAAAGGGGUUCCUUGCAGAAUUUUUCUUCUUCUGAUGUCGAUGUUGGUGGUCAGAGAAUUGGACAGCAAGAUAUCGAGCGCACCCACAAUAAGUCAUUUGCAAAAGAAUGUGAUUUGUCCUUGCGGCUGGGUCUAUUUUCUGACCCUUGUAUGCAAGUAGGAAAGAAUUCAAUUUGUGAAGCUAAAGAUGUCGGUCCAAGCUGCAGUCAAGGUGGGAGCAAACUUAAUGAUUCUUUUCAACAAACGAGUAAAGAGUUCCGUUUUUUCCCAGAGAGGACUGUUAAUGACCAUUUUGUUUCAUCUUCAAGAAAGUGCUUCAUGGAAAAUGAAGAUAACAAUUUUGGGGUAGCAGUGAGAAAACGCAAGGCAACAUUUGGAGGCAACUCAGAAGAUGAACAAUUUUGCAGGCUACCAGGGUCGUCGACUAAGAAUAGAAGAAAUUGUCCAGGUUUGUAGACAAUAGUUCUAAUUGUAGUUUGUCCUUCAAAUUAGUUGCUUUUGAGAGCUUGUAAAAUUUAAUUGCUUACCAUGAGAUGCAUUUUUGGAGUGCAGCAGAGAGUGAACUGUAAAUAAAUUUUUUAGCAUGAUUGAUAUCUAAUAGUUGGAUGAUCUAAUUCU